AUGGAAUUACAUAAGACAAAAAAUAUAACUAAUAGAAAAAAAAAGAAUAAAUUAUGUGGAAAUCUAAUUUAUUCUAUUCGCAAUUUAUUUAUGUUAACAUAUGUAAAUUCUCUGUUACCAAUACAUAAUAAUAUAUUACUGGCUCAUAUAAAUUUGCCCAUUCAUAUUGGCCUCAAAAGCCUAAUUAAAAAUCAAUUAUACUUUUUGCUAAUCUAUGAAAAAAAUGUAAUAGGUCAUGUAAAUCAUUUUGUUUUACUUGAUUUUUUUAUUUAUUUUUAUAAUUUUUUAAAAUUUCCUGAUAUUAAAAAUAGCAAUGACUAUAAUACAAUUACAAAAAAAAAAUUUGAUCCUUCUGAAUUUACUUUCGAAGACUUACUAAAAAUAUCUGAAAAUUCUAAAGAUUUCAAAAUAUUUGAUAGCAAUUCAAAGUGCAUAGAAAUUUUUGAUCAUUUUUUAAAUUUUAAUGAUGAGCAUAUAUAUAUAAUAGACAAAACAAAAGACGCUAUUUCAUCAACAAUUAAAAAAAAAGAUAUUAUUUAUCACAUUUUAAUGAAUUUAAAAGGAAAAUAUUCUGAGUUAAAUUUAAGUAUUAAUGACUGCAUUAAAAAAAAUACUGUUGUUGCUUAUGAUGACUCAUCACUUAUAGAUGUUUUGAUUAAAAUGCAAAAAGAAAAAUUAAAUUUCAUACCUAUAGUUAAUAAAGAUAAAAAAUAUAUUGAUUACUUCAGUUCAAAUGAUUUUCUUGCACUUUAUUGUAAAUCCAUCUCAGAAAAAUGGAAUAUAAAUCCAGAUAAAGAAGUUACAUACUUUAUAUCACUUUUGCGUUUAAAAGAAAAAGAGAUGAAAGAAAAACAAAAUAACAUACCUUAUUCUUAUAGCGAUUUGUUAAGUAACAAAAACGACUUAAAUAUAAAUAAAAGAGUUUUAAAUUUUUCAGAAAAUAAUGAAAUGAUAAAGUACAAUAAAGAACUAACAAUAAAAGAUUCUUUAAAAAAAUUAUUUUUUUCAAAAAUUAAUGCUCUAAUAGUUUUAAAUGAAAGUCAAAAUGUAAAAGGUUAUUUAACAUUCAGAAGUUUAUUUAAUCAUUUAAUGCACUCUUAA